AUGAAGCUCUCCGUUGGAAGCCUUUCCGUUAUACUUCUAUGUCUUAGCCAAUGGGCGACUGCGGCCACGGUGUUUUUCCCGAUCACUUUGACAUGGACGAAUAAAACCGUUGCCGGCGUUGUCAGGCCAGUUAUUGCCAUGAAUGGCCAGUAUCCUGGUCCUCCACUCAAUAUCAAUCAAGGCGACAAUGUCCAGUUUUUUGUUGAUAACCGGUGUCCAUUUAAUGCUACCGUUCACUUCCACGGAAUCGAACAGAUUGGAACCCCCUGGUCCGACGGUGUCCCCGGCGUCUCCCAGAGAUCAAUCUCACCAAACACUACCUUCCUCUAUAGAUGGACAGCAGAUCAAUACGGAGCAUACUUCUACCAUGCGCAUCACCGCGGUUCACUCGAAGAUGGCCUUUACGGUCCAAUCUAUAUCACUCCAUCGGCCUCUGUGACAAAGCCAUUCAGCCUGAUUACGAGCAAUACCAGUCAACUCAAUGCUAUAAUACAUGCCGAAAGGAAUGGUUGCUCUGUUUUGCUUUCGGACUGGCGGCUUCUUACCUCGGAAAGGAUCUGGAGCGCCGAAGUGGCAUCUGGGGUUGAUUCUUAUUGUGCUAAUGCUUUGCUCAUUAAUGGCAAGGGCUCUGUCACUUGUCUUCCGCGCACGCAGAUUGAUGCUUUGACGACGGAAGCUCAAAGGCGGGCGUUGGGGAAUGAGAGUUUGACGGAUAUGGCAUGCUUCCCACCAAACCUCACCUCUGCCCAGGGGAACUUCCCACACAACUACAGUGCCAUUCUGCCCACGAUGUUCUCCGGCUGCACGCCAUCUCAAGGACCCCAAGAGAUCUUCAACGUCAAUGCAUCCCAGCAAUUCGUAAGCUGGGAUCUGACCAGUGCAUCAGGCGUCCUGGAACUCACCUUCUCAGUCGACGAGCAUGUCAUGUGGGUAUACGCCAUCGACGGACGAUACAUCCGCCCGGUCCAAGUGAACGCCCUCACAAUCCCAAAUUCCAACCGCUACUCAGUGCUAGUCCCACUCACCCAACCGAGAGGAGACUACACGGUCCGCCUCGUCAGCGCCAGCGUCCAACAAAUCCUCAACACAACCGCAAUCCUCCGAUACCAAGGCACACCGCAACUAAACAGAACAUCCAACCAAUGGAUAACAAUAAACAAUCAAAACACCACAACAGAAACAGUCUUUCUCAAUGAAUCCAUCGUCACCCCCUUCCCAGUCCUCGUCCCCUCAACAAACGUCGCCCAAACCUUCUUCCUAAACGUCGAACGUUUCGGCGCCUCAUACCGCUGGACUUUAGGAAACGGUAGCUAUGGUCUCGAGCUAGAAGAAUCUCAGCCUCUCCUCUUCAACCAGAGCUCAAUCCCCAGCAACCUGGUCAUCAGGACAAACAACAAUACCUGGGUCGAUCUCAUCAUCCAAGUCGUCACACCCGUCCAGCCUCCACAUCCAAUCCACAAACAUUCAAAUAAGCAUUUCAUCAUCGGGCAGGGAAGCGGGAUAUUCAAUUAUACCUCUGUUGCGCAGGCUGUCCAGGCUAUCCCUGGGAACUUCAAUCUGCUUACGCCGCAGUAUCGUGAUACGUCGAAUACACCGCCAGCUACGCAGGGCCCGACCUGGUUGGCGAUUCGGUAUCAGGUUGUUAACCCUGGGGCUUUCCUGAUGCAUUGUCAUAUUCAGGUUCAUCAGAGUGGGGGUAUGGCGUUGGCUAUGUUGGAUGGGGUUGAUGCUUGGCCUACUGUUCCGCCAAUCUAUUUGAAUGGCAAUGGCUCUUAG